GCCAACCAGGAGGCUCGGUUUCUGCAGCAGCAUCACUGAGCAGCGAACAACAUCCAGGGAAACCCAGGAGAUAAACUAAAGGCAAACCACGUCUGUCUGCUUCUGCUCCACAACCUGCAGCUCAACUCCUGAAGCUUCCUCCGACUGCAAACAAGACACCAAACCGUGACACAAUGAAAGUGGCCGUUGUUUUCGUUCUGCUCUUCGCCACAGUUCUCUGCCGGCCGGCGAGAAAACUUUCAGACAGCAGUUCAGAGAGCUCUGAGGAAGUGGCGAGACGACCAGCAGCUCCAGCCCUCAAGAAACAGACGGCAGUGGUUCCUCAGGCCCGUGCAGCACCUGUAGAGAACGUUGUGGCUGCAGCUGCUGCCGGCUCAGACGAGAGCAAGGAGAGUUCAGAUGAAGACGAGCAGGCGGCGGCAGCAGAGGCUCCAGUAGAAGUCACAUCUGACAGUGCAGACACAGCUUCGUCCUCAGAUACAGCCUCUGUCAGCCAGGACAGUGGAGACAGCGAUGACGAUGAUGACGAUGAAGCAGAGGAGAGUGAAACCGAUGAGGAUGAGUCUAGCGACAGCUCAGAGUCCGGCGAGGCCUCCACCCCUGCUACUGCCACCGUCACUCCUGUGAUCGUCACAGAGGGACCCGUGGCUGAAACCACCCCUGAGCCCAUCCUGCCUACCAUCGUCACUGACACGGAUGCAGGCCGUGGUGACAGCUUGGGAGGCUACCCCAGUGACUAUAAGUCCAUUGUCUAUGUGGAGGACAAAUCCUACCACAAGGUCCCCGCUCCCUACAAGUCCUACGAGUUUGUGGGCGCUGGAAAGAAGAUGGCCUACGACAUGACAGACGGCAACGAGGUGGAGAAGACGCUUCAGGUGUACAAGGUACAGGCUCUUCAGGUCCACUCUGAUCUCUUGGAGGAGGACACCAGCACCCCUGAGGUGGAGAGCCAGGGUUUGGACACCUCCUCCGGCACCUCCCAGGACCAGGACCCCAGCCCCCGCCAGGCCUCCCUCCCAGAGGAGGAGGAGAGCGCUAGCACCAGCGAAAGCGAGAGCUCCAGCACCCCAGAGGAGGAGGAGGAGGAGGAGAGCGCCAGCACCGCAAGCGAGGGUGACAGCGCCAGCACCAGCCAGGAGUCAGAGGACGAGGAGAGCCAGAGCAGCGAGGAGGCCACAGCCACGGCCACACCCGGGGCCGCUGACAGCGAUUCAGACGAGAGCGACAGCACUGAGAGUGACUCAGAGGAGGAGGGGGUGGGACCUGACACCGCCACUGACAUGCCAGUGGUCAUCACUGCCAAAUAAGCCCCGCCCAUCCAGGAUAUGGAGUGGACGUGGUGUCAGUUAGAUUCACAUAAAGAGCGCACACUGCAUCCAGGUGCACAAAGCCCCCUCCAGAGCCACUUUCCACUGCAGGGCCAAACAGGGACAGCCAAGACUUAAUUAUUAUUGAUUUCAAUGUGCUCAGCCAAUAUUUCUGUGAUUAUUUGUGCAUCUUUUGGGUUAUAUUUAAAUAAACCAAUAACUCCUCCAUCCUGUGGUCUGGUUGCCCUGUUAAAUCCCAUGUUUGACCCCGCAGGGGAAAAGUGGUUGAUGCGACUUUAUAGGAUGUUGAAAACUGACAACUGCUACCUGCAACCGGAGGUUGACUGACCUCAUGACCUUUUAAAAGGGUCAGAACUGUAAAAGAACACAGAAACAAACACAGUUAAGUCCUGAUAUCUACACUAGCACAACAUUGCAUUUAAUCAUUAAUUAAUGACUGCAAUAUGCAAACCUACCUUGUUUUCAUGCUUAUAAAAUACGAGAGAAAAGUGCAGAGUUUAUUUAAAUACUUGUAAUCAUUUUAAGCAUAAUAGAAUUUAAACUUGACAUUAAGCCAGACAUUUGCUGCCUGUGUGGCUUAGCUUCGUAUGCUCGCUAGUAUCAAAUCAGCUGGUGUAGAUAAAAGGACGUAAAGAGACAGAAACUCACAAUCCAGUACAGGGUUCAAUCAGGUAUAGAUGCAGUACACACACAUAUACAUACAACAGAGUCCUAUUCAUUUGCACAGUUCCUACCUACACUACAUGUUGUUUGUCCCAUGUUGUUUACUGUAAUGUAUCAUAUUGUACCAUUUCUAAAAUAUUAAUAAAGUUCUUUUUCAUAAAAAGA